UUUCAGUAUUAGUGUUUAUGUUGCAGAGUGUAAGGACUGAUUACAGAGAUGUUUUUCACAUCCUACUGGUGUAAACUAUUUCUGUGUGGUUGCUACACGAAGUGUUAUUAGACAUAAUAAAUGUCCUUGACUUAUUGGAUAUAGGAUUUUCUGUGUUACAACUGACAACAACAAGAUUAACAGCAAAACAAUGUCAAUGUUUUCUGUGGAGAAAGUUAGUAAUAUACCUAGCGUGCAUGCACAGUAUCAGACGAUACGUGUGAGCAGCAGACGAUAUGUGCGGGGAAAAAACUUGUCUGAUGUCUUGUAAAGUCAUUUGUUCUACUGCAUGCAACUCAAGAGCGACUGUGUGAUAUACUGGAGCGUCAUAUGUUCAAAUUAUUUCUGUGAGCUCAAGGUUCCUAUUUAAUAAGAAAUUGCUUUUUACCAUUAUUUAUUAAGUAAUUGUUUUUCUCUUAUGUAGGUUAGUACUGUUCUGAAUUACAGACUCAACUGUUUUAUAUUACGACGCUUGGCUACAAAGGUAUAUGUCUAUCGAAAUUUACAUUUAUACAGCAUACUGCAUAUGGUCGAUCCACUUGUUUUUGGAGCUAUUGCCCUGGCAGUGACAGUAGAUCUUCAGAUUAGGUCGGAAUGGAGACAAAAACAAAAAGUCAGAUGUUGUUGGGUUCGACCCUGGCUGGAAAGAAAGGACCAAGGCAGGGGAAUAUAUUCACUCUUAAUGAAAGAACUGAGGCCCGAAGAUCCGCAAGAAUUUCGGAGCUUCGUUAGGAUGGACAUGGCCUGCUUCGAGAAGCUGCUGCCUAUGAUAGAAGAUGGAAUCAAAAAGUGUGACACAGUCACGAGGGAGGCUACCUCACCUUCUCGAAGGGUAGUUGUAAUAUUACGGUUCCUGGCGACUGGGGAAUCUUUUAAGAGUCUGGCUUUCAGCCACAGGAUAGCACAGCCCACCAUUUCAAAAUUUGUUGUGGAUGUACGCACUGCAAUUUGCAACACUUUAAAGGAUCAGCACCAUAAACAGAAGAAGAGUGGGAGAAAAGGAGGAGGAGGAUAUUAGUGUUUAACGUCCCGUCGACAACGAGGUCAUUAGAGACGGAGCGCAAGCUCGGGUGAGGGAAGGAUGGGGAAGGAAAUCGGCC